AGGAGUAAACAGAUUGAUUCUCUGCUUGUAGAAAAGUGCAUUUGGCAGAUACAAAGAGGACAUCUGGCUUUCCCUGGGAGGGGAGUAGCCCAUCCUGCUUGCUACAGUGGUGAAGAUAUGAUAACAUGACACAAAAGAAUUAAGGUCCCAAGUGAGGCCAUGGAAGCAUGCUGCAGUCUUCCUGGAGGAGUAGGAGUCACAGGAAGUCUGUAGCACUACUCCUAGUGCACACAAAUUCCUUGCUGCCAUAGUUUGGAAGCAGCAGGAAGAUAGUGAUGAUGUAUUUAUUGGUGCAUCUGGACUCAGCAGCAUGUUGGAAGACCUGGAUUCCCAGCGGGAUGUCCCAUGGGCUGAGCGGGCUCUGCUGAGCGGGAUGUUUAUGGAAUGCCGUGUCUGCCACGUCCCAACCCACAGCACACUGAGUGCCCAGCAGCUGUAAAGGCUGCUCAUACCCCCCCCUUUAGAUUCUGAAAGGCUACUCUUAGGUCUCUUGGAGCCUUGGCCCUUCUCCAUGCUGCACAGCCCCAGCUCUCAGCCUGUCCUCAUAGGGAGAUGUUCCAUCCUUUGGAUCAUUUUUGUGGCCCUCCUCUGGAUGCACUCCAACAGCUCCACGUUUCCUGUACUGAGGAUUCCACAUCUGGAUGCAGUACUCCAGGUUGCAGCGCAUCUCGCAUCAGAAGGAAAACUGCCUGGGAGACUGGGAAUGUGGGGUGUGGGACUGGAGGAACACACAGCAUCCCACCAACGAGACCCCACGGCCCUGUAUCAAUGAUAAGCUGUUAAAGCUAAUUGGAUAAUACUGAGUUUUGAAGUGAAAUACAGUGCAGAGCACAGUGUGAAAAGUGAAGGCUCCUGCAAGCAAGUGGAAACCUGGAUCCCCAUCAAGAAGUGACAUAAUUCAACUCCCUGCAAGAGUUCAAAGGCUGCAUCUUAAAAAUCCAACCCCCACUUAUCUGAUGGGUUUUUUAACCAGCAGAGGAAGUAGUUUGUCUCUCAGUUCAGCAAACACAACUAACAGCUUUUCAAAAUGACCAGUUACUCUUUGAUAGCAUUCUGCGUUUUUGCCUGGAAAGAAGAAAAAACACUGUCCUUAGGAACAGUCUCCACAAUCAUCCAUAAUAACAGCACAAGACAUACAUUCUUUCACCCACUGCAUUUAGAAAAUGCGCAGCUUCCCCUUGACCUGCUGCAGAGGAGACAGUAAGUGUCUGUGUGAUGAGAUCCAGAAGCUGUCUUGAAACCCAUUUGGAUAAAAUGGAAAAUCUAAGAAAUGUAUCUUCUAAGGAAAAGAGGAUUGGUGUGACAGCUCCUGAAUGAAUCAGAUCUCAGAGCCUAUCAACUCAUCUAUUCGCUUCAUAUUCGGCAUCUUUCCCUCUCUAGGAAUCAAACUGAAGCACUGUCAUUUAGGAUAAGCCUGAUGCAUCUUGUGAUGGAUAGAAUUAUUGCCACCAAAGGAAGCUGACAAGCAGAAGGAGACUCGAAGUUGGUUUGAUGAAUCUCCCUGCGUGCUCCUACUUAUUCCAAAAUCUUCAAUAAUGGGCAAAAAUCUGACAGAGCAGAAAGUCACCAGCUGUUCUGAGCUCAUCUGCAGCUCUCACAGCUGCCUAGAGAACAGAACUUGCUUGAUUAAACUGGAGAGAUUUCAGAGAAGAGCAGCAAAACUUUACAUGAAUUAAACAGGUUUAAGUAAGCAGUGACUGAACAACACAGAUGAGCUUACAGGGGAGGAAGAUACUGGGCGAAGCCAGUGAGAGCAUCUGGGGAGAAAUGGCUUGAGUUCAAAAGAUUGUCUAAAUGCAGAGUUCUUCUGACUUGAUUUAAGCAUGAUUUAAAAUGAUUUAGGUAAAGAAGUUCAAAAGGCUAAGCAGGCACUCUUGUUUUGAUAUAAACCAUAUCUGGAGUUAAAAUAUUUGGAAAUAUAUUAUACACUAAACACCAAAAUUAUUCUUUUAAGCCUAAGGAAGAGCGAUUGCAGAGGUAUUCCUUGCCAAACUAAACUAGCACAGAGGCGCGAAUGGAGCGGGACAAGGAAGGGAAAGCCAGCAGGAGGAGGGUGAGAAAGCAUCCAAGGAGGAGUCUUGCUUUGUCUCCAGAGGUUAUCUAUGGGACAGCAUUUUCUAGGACAGAGACAAUGGUCUCUGCUUUUGAGGAUUUUAGAAUGAGUGUAGAGAUCUUUUUAACUUAAUUGCAUGCGCAUCCUAUGCUAGUCCCAAAAGAGAAAACGUCAGUUCAUAAGAGGUCUUGGAAAAUACAUGAACAACUCAAGACCAGCAAAUAUGUCAUGUUCUGCCACCUCGGGGUCACACGCUGCCUCUGCAGACUUCAGGGUGAUUUGACCCAAAGCCUUCCAGCUUGGCACACGGAAACCUCACUGUUGUAAUGGGAAACCAUUAGACAAUGGUUCUCUGGUACAACAUUUCUUUCUGUGCUACAGGAAGGUGCUCCUUCAGCUGGACACCCAGCACAGAGCCUGUGUGAAGCGGGCACCCACGGUACCAACACUUCUGUCUGAGCUGCUUCGUGAAAUUGAGAUCUGAAUUCUCCAUUUUCCUCGUACUUUUCAAAUGUAAAACUGGGAUCACAACAACCUGAGGAAUCUGAAUUCAGAUGUUAAGAUUUAAGCUAUCUCUCCUGAAAAUGCAGACAACUGAUGUGUAAAUAUCCUGACCAAGCAAGUCAGAAGGGGGCUGGCUUUCCUUUUAAAUUAUCAUUUACUAUUAUCUUCCAUGUCUCACAGGCCAGUCUCGUUGUUACUACAAUGCUCAGGAUGUCAGAAAUGCUUCGCUCGGUGCGUUCCUAGCACAGUUUGUCAUUCAAGUGACUUUUUCCAACUUCUAGUUACAGUCUCAUGUAGCACUACUCACAGUGCUUUGUGCAUCCCUGAGGGAGGCAGUACAGCCUGGUAGCUGUUGGGAAGCGUUGGGAGUGGAUGUUACAAAGGACACCGGUUUUGAGCUUGGCGGAAGUGCUUCGGCGCAGCUGUGUAACCUUGGGGCAGAUCACUCAACUGCUUUGUGCCCAAGUGAACCCAGCUGCAAGGCGUCUUGGAAACCAGAUGGUGCACAAGGUUUCAAUCAUUCAGGAAAAUGAAGAGGGAUAUGGGGAGGGGGGGAAAGAAAAGUUAAUUCUGUAGUACAUUGCUUCCAACAGAGUUGAUUUGGAUUUAAGCAGAAUAACUGAGAAUUUGUCUUGAUAACCAAAAUCUCUCCAAACCCCACCCCCUGCUCCCAGCCAAAACCACAAACCCCACCAUCUCCCCUCAAAUUGCUUUUUCCUGUUCUCCCUUGACUUUUUGUCAAAUAUCUUCUCUCCAGAAGUUUCAUUUCAAAGCUCCAGUAGAAUACGUAUUUCCCUUUGGCAGCCCAAAGAGACUCAGAAUAGGAUUCUAUGUGGCUAAUCUUGGAUAUUUUAUGUGGUCAUUUUUAGGCACUGAAUUAUGUAUUGUUCUCUAUGCUUUUCAUGCUACUGCUCUCCUUCCUCGGCCUCGCUGAGCAUCAGUGGCACAACAGUGUGCUCUGGUGCUUCAGUACUGUGCUGUGAAUAAAAAUGCUGAGCUCAGUCAUCCCCUGUAGAUGGUAAGUCCUGGCUUAAAACCAGUAUCAAAGCUACUACCAGUUUUGUAUUGCCAGUUAAUGAAUGAAGGAAAUGCUAUACUCAAAUUUCUGUGGCAGAAUAAAUGCUAGUCACAUGUUAGUAUUUAGGAUAAGACUUAAAUAUUUCAAUAUUUCUUGGCCUUAGCUAAAACGUGGAUGGUUUUUUUCCCCACCAGUGCCACAGGAAUGUGGGAAUACAUAUGUAGGAGUGCAAACAUAGGAGUACUUGCGUAUACUUCCAAAGCAGGGUAUUAGGAAAAAAAUAUUUUUAGCCUAACAUAAACAAAGAACAUUUAAAGAUGUGAGAUGUACAUUUUAUAUACUACUCAGGAAAGGCCUUGUCUGAUUUUAUUAGUUGCUACUGAAAAGAAAACAUUGACAGUUUUGAAACGUGUUGAACUUUCUUCCCAAAUAAAGGGUUAGAACUGAAAGAGCAAGUUACAAGCAAAUUUAAUAAGACAGAGGACCUAAUUCCCUUAGGCUUUUGUGAAAACAAAUUUCAGCAGGCUGUCUUCAGUAAAUUUAGCCCUAACUAUACAGUACCAGAAUGGUAAAAUAUGUAGUUGCUUUUCAAAACUGGCACUCACUAUUCUGAUGCAAACAGUGUUCAGCUCGCUUGUAUCUCACAGUCUCUUUGCUCAUUUUCAUGUUAAAGAUUCACUAUUUGAACGAUGCUGUUAGUAAUCUGAGAGACUGAAAUCUCAUGCUAACAAAUGCCCUACCAAAAUGCCAAGAGGACAAUAGCCCAGCUUGAAUAUCAAGCUGUUAAUAAACCAUAAGCUAAAGUACAAAUCCCUUAAUAUUGCUUGAGUCCCUGUUUGGUUGCACCAACUUUCUGUUUCACUCUCUACUACCAGUUGAAGUUCAUUAAAAAAAAACAAAAAACAAACCAAAAAAUGCAGUUGCUUUUUGUGUAUAGAAGAGUUUUAAAUUAAUCAGAACGUCUCAGAAUGCCGGCCGUGGAGAACAAUAAACAAAACAGAAGGUGAGCUGUAGGUAAAGCAAAUCCAAGUGAUGCAGAAAAUAAUGAGCAGCAUUGUCCAACAGUGGGGCAAAUAAAACGUAAAACAGAAUUCCAAGCCCUGAGCUGUAUGGAUACUCAUCAGACUCAAUUUGUAUUUUUGCUGUUCAUGAGUAAAACGUUGAGUUAACUCAGUACUGCUGCAGCCGGGAGUGUUUUUCCACAUCCAUCAAACUAGGAUUUCCCCUCCUGUGUUCCUCAGUGUAAAUCACUGAGUUUUAAUCCAUUCCAUGAUCCUGUGAAGUGCUUGGGUGGUGUGUUUAAAGAAAAGGUCGUUGUACCACGGCUUUUGCAUGGUCCAACCCAGUUUCUUUCCACUUCCAUUAGGAACAGAAUGAUGGGUGCUUCAUACUGUUGUUAUUGCGACCGUAAAAUUGGCCAGCUCACAGGAUGCAGCUUCAAACCCCUUGGCACGCACAGAGAACCACUGCAGUGAGACACUGCCUGUGAAAUCUCUAUUGACAGACUGGUGAUUUGGAUGCAUUGCAAGGUUUUAUAGCCACACUGCUCUAUUUGUUCCUCAUUGCCAUAUAGGAAACUUACACAAAAAUGACAAGUAGACCAUUGAGAAUCUGCCUACAAAAUGCCGCUAAAAUAUAGCUCAUGUCACUCUCCUGGUGCCUUGCUGUAGCUUAUUGCCUACACCGGAGAACACAGCUGUCCCCAAGAGAAGCCACUCCUCUUAACAGGGUGUGGAAAACAAUUUUUGUCAGCUACAUCAAAGCGUAGUGGCAGAUUUCCCUUUGGAAGUCAGAGCCUGUUUCAAACGUCUCUUCAAGUCCUGCAUAUUUGGAGACUUGGGUCGGACAAGGUGGAGGCCUCUUCGUUUCUCUCCAUUGCAGCUGCCAAUCAUCCUGCUGACCUCCUGGCAAAGCUGCUGGAAGGCUUCGUGCACGCCCUCGCAGUUCUCCCGCGCUGAGACUUCAUAGGCGCCAAUGCCUCAGCUUUGGAGAAAGAGAUUGGUCCUGAACAGUUCCCUGUGAAUGAGCAUUACUUUGGCUUGGUCAAUGUCAUCUUAGACUUUUUUCCGCACAAACUGUGUGUUUGAUCUGUGCACAUAACUGACUCCAGGAGUGGAAAUGUUCAGUAGCCCACCGAGAGCUGCCACACCAACUUGUUCGGCAAUACCUGCUACUGCAACUCAGUCUUGCAGGCACUUUAUUUUUGUCGUCCAUUUCGGGAAAAAGUUCUGGCAUACAAAGUGCAGCCUCGAAAGAAGGAAAGCCUCCUGACAUGCCUCUCUGAUCUCUUCAACAGUAUUGCUACCCAAAAGAAGAAGGUGGGAGUCAUCCCACCCAAGAAAUUUAUUUCCCGAUUGAGGAAAGAAAAUGAAUUGUUUGAUAAUUACAUGCAGCAGGAUGCACAUGAAUUCCUAAACUACCUACUUAACACUAUUGCUGACUUGCUACAAGAAGAGAAAAAGCAGGAGAAGCAGAAUGGCAAACUCCAGAAUGGCAGCAUUGAAAGUGAAGAAGGAGACAAGACUGAUCUGACGUGGGUCCAUGAAAUCUUCCAAGGAACACUAACCAAUGAAACCAGAUGUCUUAACUGUGAGGCUGUUAGUAGCAAAGAUGAGGACUUUCUGGAUCUAUCGGUUGAUGUGGAACAAAAUACAUCAAUUACACACUGUCUGAGAGGGUUUAGUAAUACUGAAACUCUGUGCAGUGAAUAUAAGUACUAUUGUGAGCAGUGCCGCAGUAAACAGGAAGCACAGAAGAGAAUGAGAGUGAAAAAGUUGCCCAUGAUUCUAGCUCUGCACUUAAAAAGGUUCAAAUACAUGGACCAGCUGCAUCGAUACACCAAACUCUCCUACCGUGUUGUCUUUCCCUUGGAGCUCCGGCUUUUUAACACGUCAGGAGAUGCUACAAAUCCUGACAGAAUGUAUGACCUUGUGGCUGUAGUUGUUCACUGUGGCAGUGGUCCAAAUCGUGGCCAUUAUAUCACCAUUGUGAAGAGCCAUGGCUUUUGGUUGCUGUUUGAUGAUGACAUUGUAGAGAAAAUCGAUGCUCAGGCCAUUGAAGAGUUCUAUGGGCUUACAUCAGACAUUUCCAAAAACUCAGAAUCUGGAUAUAUCCUCUUCUACCAGUCAAGAGACUAAGACAAUGGAUGCGUGCAUAAAUAAAAGGGAUCAAGAUACGUCAAAAUGGAACACAUUUGUGACAGCAGAAGCAGUUCCUCAUUGUUGCUGUAGGACCAGGACAGAUCCAGCAGGGCGAACGGAGGUUUCUCUCUACUGUUUCUCGGAGGAUUAGCGCUGACUGCCAUAACAAGAGCUUUUGCUCCAGUUUUCUUUCUGGGCUUUUUUUACGUGCUAUCUUCCAAAAUCUGUGUUACCUCUACUUGAAACCUGGCUGCUUAUUUGUUCACAGACUGAAGAAGAGUUUUAAAAGUAGCACUGUAGAAUUUUUACCAUUUAACAUUGGCCCGAGGCUAUACCUUGGUUUCUAUCAUCGUCAUUUUUCUGUAUUUUAGCAGAAUGAUUUCAAUAUUCAGUGUCAGCUGAAGGCAUAUUUUAGGAUAUGCACAGCAGCUGGUUGCUGGAUAUUUUUGGUGACUCAGACUUGAGAAGCAGAACAAAGCUAAGACAUAUUGGAAAUGUCAAGUCUGUAAUUUAAAAAAAAAAAAGCAAACAGACAAACUGACUGCAGCAGUGUAGAUUCCCCAUUAUGCAUUAUCUUGGUUUUAGGUAACACUAACAGCACUGCUUUUCUUUUUAAUUUUAAUUUUUACUGUUCUGUUUCUUCUUUGGAAGGCAUGGGACGUUAUCCACAUUCAGCCCAAUGUUCAUUUUUGUUUCUAAGCAGAAGUUUUGACUUGGAUCCACAUUGCUGCAGAUUUAGGGGAGCAGCGAAUCAGUUACACUUUGAAGAAUAUCUGGCAACCUGUUGCUGUAGAAAGUUUGGAGUUAAAGCAUUUCUUGGAAUUAUUGCAUAAACCAAAAGUGCCCUCUUUUUGAAACAGGGAUCUGUUCAACAUUUCAUUCAAUACGUAGUAAACUGAUGCAACUAGCAUUUUGAAUCUAUGCUAAUACACUGAAACAGUGCUAAUUGGGAAGGGUUAACCAAGGGAAGCAUUAUUUACUAAACUAAUCCAGUUGUUCUUAGUCUUCAAGACAAUGAACGUGUAAGAAGGAGAACAAACCAACCAACCCAGACAUUACUUUGCUAAGUGCUCCUCAUCAUCUGUUGGUAGGGUUUGUACCAAGCUGGGAAUCAUAACCCACCCCCCCCCCCCCCCCCCCCCCCCCCCAAAAAAAGCUUCUGAUUGUCUUACCUCUAUAGGCCUUGCUUAACAGGGGAAAUUGUUAGUCUUCUGAAGACUGAAAUUAAGUAAUUAUCCGUUACAUGUAUGUAUAUAUAUAUAUAUAUAUAUAUAAUAAUUUCAAGGAUAACAAGAAAGAAAAGACUUACGGGAGUUUGUAAGAAAUAUCUAAAAAGGAUAUGUAAUUUUAUUUUUCAAAAGUCCUGUUCCUGUGCCAAAGCUUGUCACAGCUGGCUCUGAACUACCAGUGGAAAUUAAUGUUCUUUCAUCUUGUUAGUUAACACAGGAGCUGUCCUCUGUGUGGCUGUUCCCAGCACCGCCACUCAUCGUAUGUUCCACUGUUGUUGUUCCUGGGGACAUGUAACUUAUGCAAUUGUGUGGCCUGUACAGGAUCUAAGAUAUUUACCAAAUCUUGUCCUCAGGAAAACAGCAUCUCACAAACACCUUCUUGUGUCGGGUGCAUGUGCUUGUUUCCCUUACGUUAAUUGUUAAUUUCCCUUCCAAAUACAAAUUACUCAUAGCCAUCGUAUUCCAACUGAGUACAGGUUCCGUCCUCCUGGCACAUCUUUUUCUUCAGAGGAUAAGUGUGGACAUCUUUUAAAUCAUUUUUUACUAUAUGGAGUACGUGUUCAGUAACAAUGAACCUCCUUGCCAUCUUGUCCUAUUGUGUGAAAAUUGUUCCUGGCUAAGAGUCUUCUCCCCUUCUUCUCACACGAGCUGUGAGUCCUCCCCUGGUGGCGCUACCAGAAGCCUGUCAUCAGUAAGUCUUGCAAAAAAAUGGUAAAAAACAGAAACAAACAGCACUGAGUUUAAAGUAAUCUGAACAGUAAAUACAAAAAUCAGCGUAGUACACUAGACACGUAUUUUGUAUAUCUGGUGGUACAUUUUUACAAAUACCUGAUUGAGAGAUAAUAUUGAAAGAUAUAUACUAUAGAUUAAAAGCUGUUAAAAGUGCACUUUUGCUACAGAUUUAUAAGGAAACUAAAAGGAAUUAAAUUGGAAGAGAAUGGUGUGAUGUUACUUCUGUAUAAUAAAUGACCCCACCUGUCUCCAAUAAAGGUCAUGUAUGAUCAAACGCA